CAGCCUGUGAGGGAGGAUGUGAUUCAGUUUGUAAUGGGCUGAGCUAACAGAGACAAGGAAGAAGAGAAACACUGUAAGAGCUGGACAGAGCAGAGAGCAGCAGUGGGAUAUUUGAAUCUGACACACAUCACAGAGAGAGACAUCAAGUUCCAGGAAAGGUGAUCACUCCCCCAGCAUGACACCGCCCACUUUUAUCAACGUGACUAACAGAACAACUACCGAAAACCCUGAGGAUGACAGUGUUGUGAGCAAUGACUUCUCCACGACCAUGGGUGCCCUCAUCCUUGGCUUGGUCUUCCUCCUGGGCGUCCCUGGCAACUUCUUCAUCGUCUGGAGCAUCCUGGCACGCAUCCGACGACGCUCAGUCACCACCAUCCUCAUCCUCAACCUGGCGUGCGCUGAUGGAUUCCUCAUGAUCCUCACCAUCUUCUUCAUUAUAUACCUGGCCAUGCAGACAUGGAUCUUUGGUAACACCAUGUGUAAAGGCAUGUUCUACCUGUGCAACGCCAACAUGUACGCGUCCAUCUUUCUGAUCACACUGAUGAGUGUGCACAGGCUGGUGGCUGUGGUGUUUCCAAGGAGACUGUCCUCCAUAGCCAGCAAGAAGAUUGUGAGGAGGGUGAUUGUAGCCAUGUGGAUACUGGUCGGGGUCAUUUCUAUUCCGUCACUGGUGUUUCGGGACGUGAGAGACGACACCGAUGAGCGGGGUAAAAUAAGACUGGUGUGCGCGCCCAAUCACACCCUUCCUACACAUGUACGUUUUCAGUAUGCCUUUGAGACAGUGACAGGAUUCAUCCUUCCUUACGCAAUCAUCAUAACCAGCUACGUCCUCAUCCUGAGACGCCUGAGGCAGACCAAGUUCCAGCGAAAGGUCCGCAGUGAGAAACUCAUCCUGGCUAUUGUGGUGAUGUUUGGCGCUUUCUGGCUGCCGUACCACGUUGUCAACAUGAUACAGGUUGCGGCCGAGUGGUACGAAAUUGGUUCGAGCACAAGAGAAGUAUUGGAACACAUCUCGAAGUCCAGUCGUGCGGUGACCUCAGCUUUGGCUUUCAUCAGCAGCUGCGCCAAUCCCGUCCUCUACACCUUCGCUGGGAAGUCCUACAUAAAGCAGAACGGCUUCGCCUUCAUGGCUAAGCUCUUUGAGGGUAUAUCGGAACAAACAGGAAACAAAAAGAGUCGGUCCAUGGGUAAAGACACUGUGGGAACCAGUAUUGUUGAUUCCAGCACAGGGUGUAACUCUGUACAAAAUGGGAGAUGAGGUUUGAAUGAAACAUGCCAAACUACAUGUGGAGUGUGCAGAUUUAGGUUAAAGCAAGAUUUGAGCCUGAUUUUGCUGUGCUUAAAUACAGACAAACCCAAAGCACCAGCUCAGAGCUGAACAUUCAAAUUUUGUUUUGCGGAUAGUUUGACUGGAAGUCGGUGGUCCAGCCACAAGAAAUGAUACUCUAUGUACCUGACCUGUAUAUCAGAACUGUCAUUUGUAUUUUAUUCCAUUUUGUGGCACAUACAGAGAAUAACACUUGGAAAAUGAAAACAAUUUAAAAUAACUAAUAACUACAACAUACAGUACAGUACCUUGGGAAGCAAUUGCAAACUUUACUUUAAAUCCUGCUCUUCAGCAUUUAUAUGCAGUAUGUAAAUAUUUCAUAAAUGGUUUACAACACAGUAAAAUGUCAUUUUACACAGCAAUAAAUGACAUUUUCAGAUAUUUAGAAUGUAGGGCUACAGUAUUUGCCCACAAUUAUAACUAUGGGCACAUAUUUUGUAUUAUUACCACUGUAUUGUACUAUAUUGUCAGUUAUGUUUGUACAGCAGCCUCCACUCUUGGGUGUCCACAGGAGUUAUUGACAAAUUAAUUAUAUCUGCCUACUACAUUAUAGUGUCACACACUAUUACAAGUUUUUUUUGUAUUCUUAUUUUUUAUAUUACCUAAAACUGCUAGAUAGGGGAACUUAAAAUGUUUCUGGCCCUUCAGAAAAAUGACAUGCAUUUGCAACUUAUCUGUACAGUCUUGUUUUAGGCCAAAGAGAUUCCUCAACCACUUAUUUUCUUUUAGCCAAUCAGUACUACGAAUUUCAUCAUAACACGAAUGACACAUUCACUCUUGAAAUACUUGUCUUGGAGGGUAGAUCACUUUUUCCUCUUUGAAGUGUCAAUACCUGGACUAUGACAUGUUGCAAAAGUUCUGAACCAACUUUAUGGGCAAACUGCCACCCAGUUUUCCACUAGACUGGGCAAGUGUACAUAACAUGAUCGUAAAUGAAAUCUUGGAGGCACAAACUGUCUCCAUUUUAAUUUAUUUUCUGUAUGUCAGUUUGUCAAUGAGAAUUUAAGUUUUAUCAUUUCAUAUUUUGAUUCAAUUUCAUAACACAGUAAUGACAAUUGUUACCAGUUGUCCACUGAUGUAUUGCUUUUAAAAGCACUGUACUACAAGUUUUUUUUUUUAAUCCUCAAAGAUUUUCUAUUUAUGCCUCUGAUUUAGUGUUUUAUUGUGCAAGUCAGACCUUUAAAUGGUACCUCUGAUUAGGAUUUUACUUCUCUAUACACAGUCAGAAGUUGCAUUAAUCGCAUCUAAAAAAAAUAAAUAAAAAUCAGCCAGCCUCACGAUCUUUGAAUGUAGAUUGCACUAGAUACCCAGCUUUGCACAUAAAAGGUUAAAAAUGUUAACCGCUUAAAGAUUUGAUACGUUUGCUCAGCUAUGUUUUCAUUGAUGCCUAAAGCAGCUACAUUUUUUCUAUCAUGACUGUCAAUAAAGUGUUACUGUGCCA